GUACUGAUAAUCGUCGGAGAAACAGGCUCCGGCAAGACCACGCAACUCCCACAGUACCUGUACGAAGAGGGGUUCUGUGACGACGGUAAGAUGCUCGGGUGCACACAGCCAAGACGUGUGGCUGCCAUGAGUGUAGCCGCGCGCGUGGCAGAGGAGAUGGAUGUGAAGCUGGGUCACGAGGUGGGCUAUAGUAUCCGCUUCGAAGACUGUACGACCGAGAAGACCAAGCUGAAGUAUAUGACGGACGGCAUGUUGCUGAGAGAGUUUAUGGGAG